AUAGAACUAGAGAAAAUGACACAAUGCAAAGACCUGCAAAUAGAAGUAGAACAACUGUGGCAAAAGAAAGCAAAGGGGAUGAUUAAAAUACGAGGGGAUCGUUGCUGGAAGGAUUUGACCUGCAUGAAUUAUCAUUACGAGACCCAGCCAGUUCCCAAUCCUGUGGCCUAUUUCAUGCACCGGUCGCCUUGGUGGUUCCAUGCAUUUGAGACUCUCUUCAACCAUUUCAUUGAGCUGGUUGUGCCUUUCUUUGUCUUCCUGGGGCGGCGCAUGUGCGUGACCCACGGCGUCCUUCAGAUCCUCUUCCAGGUACUGCUUAUCAUAAGUGGGAAUCUAAGCUUCCUCAACUGGUUGACCAUCGUGCCCAGCAUAGCAUGUUUUGAUGAUGCCUCCUUGGGGAUCUUGUUUGGUUCCAGAAAAGGAUCUCUAAAAACCCACGUCCUGAAGAUACAAGCGGAAGAGGCAGCAGGGAAAACUGGACCUUUACAAUACGGGAGCUACAUCCGCAAAGCUGUGAAUGUAUCCUUGGGGGCACUGAUCAUCUUCCUCAGCAUCCCGGUGGUUCUCAAUCUGAUUAGUUCCCAGCAAAUCAUGAAUACUUCCUACAACCCCCUCAGGAUCGUCAACACCUACGGAGCAUUUGGAAGCAUCACCAAAGAGAGAACUGAGGUUAUAAUCCAAGGGACUUCCAGCUCGGAUCCCAAUGAUCCUGAUGCAGUUUGGGAAGAAUAUGAAUUCAAGUGUAAACCCGGGAAUCUGCAGAGGCGGCCCUGCCUAAUCAGCCCCUACCAUUAUCGCCUGGAUUGGCUCAUGUGGUUUGCCGCUUUCCAGACCUAUGAGCAGAACGAAUGGGUGAUUCACUUAGCCGGGAAACUCUUGGCCAACGAGAAGGAAACGUUGUCUCUUCUGGCCUUCAACCCAUUUGAGGACAAGGCACCACCCAAGUAAGUCCAGUUUUUAAGGGGC